AUGUCGAGAGCUCCGAGGGAUCCUCUAAGGCUUCGAAGCUGCCUCUGCUGCAAAGCAGCACCCAUUCAAAGAGCCUGGCACCUGGUUCCAUUGCGUGGUCAGACUUCGGGCAAGCUCGCGGAUAGUAUCCACACAAGCCUCUCCGGCAGAGGCAGCAGCAGUACAUCUACGCAGAUGCUGUCUGCUGUGCGCAGAAAUGGUGCCGCGCUGAGCUUGAAAAGACAUCAAGAGGAGCUAUGGCUUUCGGGCACCAUUGCUUCCAGCAUGUGUUGCAAUGCAUUGCCCCGGACGUGCUUCCAAGAGAGCUUCUUGCACAAUGCCAGAAGGCAGGAAGCCUUCGCAGGAACAUCUUCCCUGGGUGCCACCACAGUGCUCCUUGCUGGUAUCGAGGACUGCCAGCGCUUGGCAGUGAUCACGCUUGGUGACUGCGCGUUGCUUGUGCUGAGGCCGACAAACGGCGACGACCUUCGCAGCACUUUCCGCUCCCAGCGCGUCAUGAUGGGGGAGAAGACACCCGCACAGGUGCUCCGACUUCCUCAUCAAAUUACUGGCGAGCAGAAGGAGUUGCUGGAGGAUUUCCGCUUGGACAUGGUGCAGAUCAAGCACGGUGACGUGGUCGUGCUUGGGUCUGACGGGUUAUUCGACAAUCUCAGUGAUGAGGCCAUCACUCACAUCGUGCAGAACCACUGCACUCAGGGCGACCAUGACGAUGAAGGUCCAAACUCGGCUGCGAAGUCGAGGAGUCGCCCGUUGGUGCAGCAGCUGCCGGUGCUGUACAAAGGUCGCACGGUACCUUCCGUCACUCAACUCCAGCAAGCCGCCAUCAGCUUGGUCGAUGCCGCGAUUCAGAAUGUUGUUCUCGUCGCAGACCAUCCGGCGGCCGUGCCAUUGGUAGCACGGGGUAACCCUGAUGAUACCACUGCCAUUGUUGCCGUUGUUGUUGAGGAAGGCAGACCCACCGACAGCGACAGCGAGAUCGAACUGCAUGACAUCUACCCACAUGCAGAAGCGAUGCUGAACAAGGUCGUCUGCCCAGACCGACCAGUUUGCAGCGCAGGAAUCUGGCCUGUUUGCUGCUACACAGCAGCCAUUGAUCGCGACGACAAUGAAGACUCAGAGGUGUCGAGCGACCACAUGGACACCGACCCUCCGCAGGCUGGUUCCUGCAGCAUAAGCUGA